AAUUCUUUGGUCAUAAUAGUGGAGAUACUGGUGAAACAGCCGUCAAAUAAUUUGCACCAAUGGCUCAUCAAUAUGGCCGCGUCUGACGUUAUUUUGGCCGUCUUUUGUGUGCCCUUCAGUUUCACGGGUGUUAUGUACGGCCAGUGGGUGUUCCCGCACUGGUUGUGUCCCGUCGCACAGUCCACACAAUUGCUCAGUCAUUCAAAGCUUAUACUGUAUUUGUCGUGGAUAUUGGGCUCAAUGUACUCAGCGUUUUGGUUGUCAAACACCAAAACGAAUCCCUUUAUGCUCAAUACGACUAAUCCGAUGGACAACGAGACGUACUAUGAGUGCAGUUACGCCGAAGGGAUGACUGAUUACGAAAUGAAAGUUGUGGUCAUUUACAACUUUGUCUUCACCUAUUUGUUGCCCUUUAUUGUCAUCACAUUCAGCUAUUUAGCGAUCACUAAACGACUAUUAGUCGACCCAAAGACAACCGGUGGACACAUCCUCAGGAAGAAUAAGACCAUUCGUAACAAAGUUAAGGAUGACUUCAAACGAAUAUUUCUGAAGAGAAGAUUAGAGAAGCGGAAGUCAUACCAAAACAGUGAGACAAUUAAUACCAGAGUAUAA